CUCCUCCUCUGGCCAUGGGCUAACUGGAGGCAGCAGUCAGUUCCGUGGGACUCGCACAGAACAGGCGACCGGGUCUACCUACCCUCCUUCUCCGGCUUUUUUUCCUUCCUUCCUUCCUUCCUCCUCUCCUUUUCUUUCUUUCCUCCCCCUCCCUCUCCCCCGCCCGCCGCCCGCCCCGUGUUUUUGUUUUGUUUUGGUUUUGUUUGUCCGGGCGCAUCUGCGAGCCCUUUCCCCCCCUUGCCCCCCGGCUUUGUGUGCGCCCGUCUAUGCGCGGGGGGCGAGGGCAGCCGAGGAGCAGGGCUCCCCAACGCCCGGCCUCGUCCUUUGAGAGGAGGGAAGGGGCGCGGGGGCGCCACACAGGGGCUCCUCCCGCAUAAAAGGGACGCGGCCAGGAAGACACAGAGACCUCCGCGGCAAGGCAGGCGGACGGGCGGACAGGGCGGGGAGCCUCUCUCUCUCUCUCUCGCUCGCUAAUCCAGAGCCAGAGCCGCGUCUCCGGCGAGCCAGCCACCCAGAGGCAUGCCUGCCGCCAAGCGCCCGCCGCUCGCCGACCUCUCCCUCCUCCUCGCCCUCCUCUGCCUGCGAGUCAAGGUGACUCUGACAUCGGGCCAGUUUGAGUUUGAGAUCAUCUCCAUGCAAAAUGUCAACGGCGAGCUGCAGAAUGGGAAUUGCUGUGACGGGACCCGCAACUCUGCUGACCGAAAAUGCACCCGAGACGAGUGUGACACUUAUUUCAAAGUUUGCCUGAAGGAGUACCAGUCCCGGGUCACCUCUGGGGGCCCAUGCAGCUUUGGUUCUGGAACGACCCCCGUCGUGGGAGGGAAUACCUUCAAUUUGAAAUACAGUCGGAAUAAUGAAAGGAACCGGAUCAUUCUCCCUUUCAGCUUUGCCUGGCCGAGAUCCUACACUUUGCUGGUUGAGGCCUGGGAUUACAGCAACGACAGUGCUAAUGCAGACAGCAUUAUUGAGAAAGCAUCUCACUCUGGCAUGAUCAACCCAAGCCGUCAGUGGCAGGUCUUGAAGCAAAAUGCAGGUGUGGCCCAUUUUGAAUAUCAGAUCCGUGUCACUUGUGAUGAACAUUAUUAUGGCUUUGGCUGCAACAAGUUUUGUCGGCCAAGAGAUGAUUUCUUUGGACACUACACCUGCGAUCAGAAUGGUAACAAAACUUGUCUGGAAGGCUGGAUGGGUCCUGACUGUAAUAAAGCUAUCUGUCGCCAAGGUUGCAGCCCCAAACAUGGCACUUGCAAAAUUCCAGGAGAGUGCAGGUGUCAGUAUGGAUGGCGAGGCCAGUACUGUGACAAAUGCAUUCCACACCCCGGCUGUGUCCAUGGCACUUGCAAUGAACCGUGGCAGUGCCUCUGUGAAACCAACUGGGGUGGCCAGUUCUGCAAUAAAGAUCUCAACUAUUGUGGCACCCACCCCCCAUGUCUGAACGGAGGCACCUGCAGCAACACUGGCCCAGACAAAUAUCAGUGUUCCUGCCCUGAGGGUUACUCAGGACAAAAUUGUGAAAUUGCUGAACAUGCCUGCCUUUCGGAUCCUUGCCACAAUGGAGGAACCUGCCUUGAAACCUCGACAGGAUUUGAGUGUGUCUGUGCACCAGGCUGGGCAGCGCCAACAUGCACACUUAAUAUUGAUGACUGUUCUCCAAAUCCCUGUGGCCAUGGAGGGACUUGCCAGGAUCUAGUAGAUGGGUUUAAGUGUAUUUGCCCAACUCAGUGGACUGGCAAAACAUGCCAGAUAGAUGCAAAUGAAUGUGAAGGGAAACCUUGUCUUAAUGCUAAUUCCUGCAGGAAUCUAAUUGGCAGCUACUAUUGUGACUGCAUUGCUGGCUGGACUGGUCAGAAUUGUGAUAUAAAUAUUGAUGACUGUAUUGGACAAUGUCAAAAUGGAGGGACUUGCAGAGACUUGGUUAAUGGUUAUCGCUGUGUCUGCCCACCUGGCUAUGCCGGGGAUCACUGCGAGGGAGACAUCAAUGAAUGUGCAAGCAACCCUUGUUUGAACGGGGGUCAUUGCCAAGAUGAAAUCAAUGGAUUCCAAUGUCUCUGCCCUGCGGGAUUCUCAGGAAAUGUCUGUCAGUUGGACAUAGAUUAUUGUGAACCCAAUCCUUGCCAGAAUGGGGCCCAGUGCUUCAAUUAUGAGAACGAUUAUUUCUGUAGCAACUGUCCUGAAGAUUAUGAAGGAAAGAACUGUUCCCACCUCAAAGAUCACUGCCGUUCGACUCCUUGUGAAGUCAUUGACAGCUGCACUGUAGCAGUGGCUUCCAACAGCACCCCGGAAGGAGUUCGCUACAUCUCUUCCAAUGUUUGUGGCCCACAUGGCAAGUGCAAGAGCCAAGCAGGGGGCAAAUUUACUUGUGAAUGUAACAAAGGCUUCACCGGCACCUACUGUCAUGAAAACAUCAACGACUGUGAGAGUAACCCAUGUAAAAAUGGUGGAACAUGCAUUGACGGCAUUAACUCUUACAAAUGCAUCUGCAGCGAUGGAUGGGAAGGCACCUUCUGUGAAGCAAAUAUUAAUGACUGCAGUAAAAACCCUUGCCACAAUGGAGGGACAUGUCGAGACUUGGUCAAUGAUUUCUUCUGUGAAUGUAAAAAUGGCUGGAAAGGAAAAACUUGCCACUCACGUGACAGCCAGUGUGACGAAGCCACAUGCAAUAAUGGAGGGACUUGUUAUGAUGAGGGUGAUGCCUUCAAGUGUAUGUGCCCAGCGGGGUGGGAAGGAGCCACUUGCAAUAUAGCAAGAAACAGCAGUUGCCUACCAAACCCCUGUCACAACGGUGGGACUUGUGUGGUCAGUGGAGAUUCUUUUACAUGUGUUUGCAAAGAGGGCUGGGAAGGACCUACUUGCACUCAGAAUACAAAUGAUUGCAGCCCACACCCUUGCUAUAACAGUGGAACAUGUGUAGAUGGAGACAAUUGGUACCGUUGUGAAUGUGCUCCAGGAUUUGCAGGUCCUGACUGCAGGAUAAAUAUCAAUGAAUGUCAGUCUUCUCCUUGUGCUUUUGGAGCCACGUGUGUUGAUGAAAUCAAUGGAUACCGUUGCAUUUGUCCGGCUGGUCGCAGUGGUCCAACAUGCCAAGAAGUUUCAGGAAGAUCUUGUGUUGCCAGUGGGCAUUUAAUUCCAGAUGGAUCAAAGUGGGAUGAUGAAUGUAAUGCCUGUCAGUGUGUGAAUGGAAAGAUCACCUGUUCUAAGGUCUGGUGUGGCCCGAAGCCGUGUCUGAUAAGUGGCAAAGGUCACAGUGAAUGUCCUGCAGGCCACACCUGUCACCCUGUUAAAGAUGAUCACUGCUUUGUCCGUCCCUGUGACAACAUUGGUGAAUGCUGGCCUUCGAAUCAACAGCCAAUGAAAACAACAUGCAAUUUGGACUCUUACUAUCAGGACAAUUGUGCUAAUAUCACAUUCACCUUUAACAAAGAGAUGAUGACCCCGGGCCUUACUACUGAGCAUAUCUGUAGUGAGCUUAGGAAUCUAAGCAUCUUGAAGAACGUCUCGGUUGAAUAUUCCAUCUACAUCACCUGUGAACCAUCACACUUGGCAAACAAUGAAAUUCACGUUGCAAUUUCUGCUGAAGAUAUCCAAGAAGAAGAAAACCCAAUAAAAGAAAUAACUGACAAAAUAAUUGAUCUAGUGAGCAAGCGUGAUGGGAACAAUACUCUAAUUGCUGCAGUUGCAGAAGUCCGAGUACAGCAACGGCCAAUUAUAAGCAAAACAGAUUUCUUGGUUCCUUUACUGAGCUCUGUUUUGACGGUGGCUUGGAUCUGCUGCCUGGUCACUGCUUUCUACUGGUGCAUUCGGAAGCGCCGAAAGCAGAGCAGCCAUACCCACACCGGCUCGGACGACAACACCACCAACAACGUGCGGGAGCAGCUGAACCAGAUCAAGAACCCUAUAGAGAAACAUGGGGCCAAUGCCGUCCCAAUCAAAGACUAUGAAAACAAAAACUCAAAGAUUGCCAAAAUAAGGACACACAACUCUGAGGUGGAGGAAGACGACAUGGACAAGCACCAGCAAAAAACCCGAUUUGCCAAACAGGCAACAUACACGCUAGUAGACAGAGAUGAAAAGCCACCCAAUGGCACACCUACAAAACACCCGAAUUGGACAAACAAACAAGACAACCGGGACUUAGAAAGUGCACAAAGCUUAAACCGAAUGGAAUAUAUUGUAUAGCAGACCGCAGGUGCUGCUGUGCAGGGCCUUUACCUACCCAUUCAAGGCAACUCGGAGCUUGUAGUUCUUAAAAAAGGUUGUGUAAUAUUUUGAGUCUAAGGCUAUUAUUUGCUUAGAAUCCCUGUGUUAAUUUAAGUUUUGACAAGCUGGCUUACACUGGCAGUGAUAGUUGCUGUGGUUGGCUGGACUACCAAGUGCUGCAUUUCACAUCUAUGCAAAACUAGUCAAAAGUGCCCCUGUGUCAAUUCAGCUGCAGCUGAUGCAUCCUGGAGAGUUUUCAUAAAGUUUCUUAUAGUCUUUUAUUUAGCUCUUUUCUGUAGCCAAAAAAGUCCUCAUCCCCCACUUUUUUUCUCAAGAUGACACAUUUAUAGUCUUAGGAAAAAAUACAUUUUAUUUAUUUAUUGAAUUAGAGUUCUUUUGUAUAUUGGUUUUAUGGUGACGUACAACUAGUUCUGUAUUUGAAAGUGCCUUUGCAGCUCAGAACCACAGCAACUAUCAAAAAAGUUUAUUAUUUAUUUUUUUAUUGUAAUUUUCUUUUGUUUGGGAAGGGAUGGGUGGGACGGGGGGGCUUCUUGUCAGCAAUUGCUGGUAAAAAUGAAGAAUUGAGAGGAAAAUGUGUCAAAAGUAGAAGUUUGUAUAGUUAUGUAAAUAAUUCUUUUUUUUAAUUAAUCACUGUGUAUAUUUGAUUUAUUAACUUAAUAAUCAAGAGCCUUAAAUAUCAUUCCUUUUUUAUUUAUAUAUAUGUGUUUAGAGUUGAAGGUUUUUUCAUAGCAUUGUAAGCUUAAUGGUUUCUUUACAUUUUUGACUAUUUUUCUUUGUGUUUUUAUUUCAUUGUUACAUGUUGCCUACAUGCCAAAAUUUAAGGUGUUCUGAAAAAUCUGAUUUUUUAAAUGUAACACGAUAGGAGAGGCUUUCAGCCAAGUCUUUGAUGCUGGCUUUUUGUACAAUGUCAAGUGUGUUGUCUCCUUUUUUUCCCUUUGAAAACACCUUCCAUAGUAUCACUUUAAGACUAUUUGUUAAAUACCAGCUGAGGCAGUUUAGAAAUUAGGUUAGCAUUUUUUUUCCUGGCUGCUUUAGACAUGGGGUUGGGGGGAAGGACAGGAUGAUAGACAGAUUAUCUGCUUCAGAGCAGUUUAUGGGAACACAAAGAAGUUAUAACUUUCUGUAGAUGAAAUGUGGAUGUGAGUGGUUGCAUGUAAUUAAAAAUACUGAAAUAGUAUAUGAA